AUGAGUUCAAACACAUCCGGAAAAGAUUCUUCCAAAGAAGAUAUGCCAGAGGCGACAGCUACGGUUUCUGCAAGCAGUUUACGCUUUGAAACAGAGAAUUACAGUGAAUUCCGUUUCUCGUCAUGCAUUGUACCUACAGGUCAAGAACAAUCAGCAGCAUCCACAAGCCACACACCUUACCGUUAUAUUCAGUUUCUUAAAGAAAUUAUUGAGAAUGCACCACGCAGACAGAUAACUUUAUCCAAAAUCUACAAACUCAUCAACGAAGAAUUUUCUGUUUAUGCAACUGCUGCACGCUGUUGGUAUUCUCACGUUAAAGAAGUCUUAAGACACUUUGACUGUUUUGUUGAAAUACAUAGGAUAUCGAGGGAUAAAGAUAGCGAACGUUACUGGACAGUAGAUCCGGAGUACCGUGAAAGUAUCAGUUCCAUCCACAGUGUUUCACAAGAAGCGGAGAAUGCGCAACGGGUGCCAUCUUAUGAAAGACCAAAUUGCAAUAACAUAGAACUAAUACAGAAGGCAAUCAUGAGUUCACUACUUGAAAAAAUGACAUAG